AAGGUGCUCUUAUUAGAACAUCAUCUUUCCAAUCAGUGAGAGUGAGCCAGAAAAGAAAAUGCGAAAAAAUAAUAUCAAAGAAGGAAACGGAAGAAAGUCCUUUUUCGACAAUUACUACUACUAACACGAAGGCUGCACACUCAACAACGAAACUAACAGCUACAAAAUAGUAAUAAAAUUAAUUGAAAUUUAACCAUUCACAAGUGAAAUUAGCAAUAGCAAAAGUGAAGUGUCUGUCUUCCCCGAGUUGUAUCCGUGUAGACACCCUAAAUUUUGUUCAUUGAAUUGGAUAUUUUUGGUAGCUGAAAGGUUUAGAUUGACAAAGACGAGCUGAAUGAAUAUUUUUACCAUAUUUUGGUAUCUCCUUAAAAUGUUUUAUCAACUUUUAUGUUGCUCGUUUAGUUUCCUUGCCUUUCUGUUCAAUGUCUUCUGGUUCAUGUGCAAUGUAGCCUCCGGUUUAUUGCCAUGGUUCACCAUUACGUUAGUUGUCAUAUGUAUUGCUUCGAAAUUUGUCAAGCUUCGAAGUCCCGAUGAGAAGCGGUUGCAACGUUUGUUGGCCUCUGGCAGUCAAGGUCUCUACCCCGAAGAUUUGUCAUUUUGGCCAAUAGCCCACAGGGGUGCAGGGUAUGAUGCUCCAGAAAACUCCAAAGCGGCAUUGAAGAAAUGUGUUGCUCGCAGCUAUCGUAACGUUUUAGUUGAUGCCGGUCUAACAGCAUGUGGGGAAAUUGUGAUUGUAAACCGUUUGACCUUAGAGAAGGCCGGACUUUCUGGCAGUAUAGCAGUGCACACAUUGGAAUCUUUAAAGAAAAUCAAUAUAGCCGAAUUGCAUCCUAUGGGCAAACAUUUCGAGCCUGAAUAUGUGCUGACGUUACAGGAACUUUUGGAAUUCUUAGAAGAAAAUAGACUAACUGUAUUUUUAUACAUAUCAGAUAAUAGCUCACAAAUGAUAGAACGUUUAAAAUCCUGCAUAAAUUCUGUAUUUAUAGAGCGUAUUAUUGUCAUAACCCGAUCUCCGAUAACUAUUUAUCAGCUACGUAAAGUUAAUCCCGAUGUAAUAUGCGGUUUAUGGACUGAAAAAUCACUGGCAUUACCAUUGCUUAAAGCUUCAACUUUGAUUACCUCAAUAUAUGGUGCUUUCUUUCGAAAUAUAAUCUCGCCUGUAAUUGGUAUAAGUGUAGUUUUUCUUUCCAAAGAGGAAUUUAAUCUGCAUAUUGCUGAAUUAUGGCGCAAUGUUGGAGUGCGGCCAAUUGUUUACAAUGUCAAUUCACCGAACGAAAAACGCUAUUUUCAAAAAACAAUGAAGACACAAUACUUAACCGAUUCUUUAAGAUCGGAGCCUCAUCUACUAAUGAAAGCCUAAUAAUAUAUACUCAAAGCCCCCUUAGAUUAGAGCUCUCUUAAGUUAAAAGAGCAAAGGCAUCAAAAUAAGACACGAUAUGGAAACGACAACUAUGGCUAGCUACAACGCAUUUAGUUUUAAUGUGUGAAAUGGAUAUGCGACGGACCACCACAUCAACGAUAUUGACAAAAGAAACAGAAACAACAAUGCAAAUGAUAUUAUUUGAAUCAUGAUCAUCUUCCAAUCCUUAGUCACCAUCAACCAAUCAUCUUCUAGCAUAAUCUAAUAGAUUAUCAUGGCGAAGAAAACGAGGCGAUUUGAACAAACGAAUUGGCAAACGAACGACCGUUUUCAGAUAUUUAGCUGAGUAUAUCACAACAAUGUUCAUAAUUAUUGGGGAAAACUUGAAAAUCAAAGCGCAAGUUUUCCCAUUCUUAAGAACAAAACAAACAAAAAACACAACAAGGCUAUAUCGCCCUCAUUUAUAUCUUACCACAUACAUAUAUGUAUACAUUUAUUUCUAGAGUAUUAUCCCCUCAUACAAAAACAAAAAAUGAAUUAUUGAAAUAUGUGUAUUUACUUAGCCACAUGCAUAUACAUGCAUAUGUAUGCGUGCAUAUGUAUUUCAUUAAACAAAACCGUUAUUCUCUUUAUUUAUUUAUUUUAUUUCUUAUUUUAUACACGGUUGCUAUUUUUUACUACUAUUAUUAUUAUGAUUUGCCAUGUUUGUAUUGUACUUUAU